AUGAACAAAGCCAACUCGUCUUUCAACAGUAGGAAGGCCCUGAUGGACACCCUGAUGGAAUCCGAGAUACAGAUGAGUGACGAAGAAAUCUACGAUGAGGAGACGCUGCGGCUGUACCCGCCGGCGCCCAACGCUUCAGUCGUCCUCUCUGAAGACACGCCCCUGGCCGGCGGUCGCUACGUCGCACCGAGAGGCGCCUGCGUACUGGUGGCGCUCCACUUGUUGCACCGGCAGCCGGACGUCUUCCCGGAACCCGAAAAGUUCGACCCGUCGCACUUCCUGGAGAACGGAGGGCCUGCGAGGAGCCCUUACGCCUACCUGCCGUUUGGCGCCGGAGCCGGCAAGUGUGGGGGAGUUCACUUCGCGAUGCCCGAAAUUAAGACGGUGCUGGCCGCCGUUCUGCGCCAGUUCCGAGUGCUGCCCGGCUGA